UCAAUAUUAAAUACUCGUGUCGAUCUCUAUUUCUCCCACACCCAUUUCCUAAUUUUUAUGCACUCACAUUCAAAGCUAAUCGCAUCACAUCCUCCCAAUUCCAACCUAUAUUUCUCUCUUUCUCAUUCUCCUUUAAUGUGAUCAUUAUCAUUUCUUAGCUCCCUCUUCACAAACUUGGCCUCAGCCUUAGCCCACUAAUUUUAUUGAGUCGCCCUCGCUGAAGGAAGAAACAAAUGGAGGGGGUAACAACUAGGGUAUACAGUGGAUUAAAGGGUUACUGGAGGAGGAGGGGCUAUCAGAAGCUGAACAAGACGAACCGGGUUGAACUAUCAGCAGAAGGUUCAACCCGGAAGAGAAGGUUCUGGAAGAUAAAGCUGACCCGAAAACUGAAACUGAAGAUCAAUUUUAAACGGUUUUCUUUGAAGAAGCUUCUUAUUGGAUUGCGUGAUGCUUAUGUGAACACGAUGUUGAGGAUUGCAAACACCCGGGAGUUUGGCGGCGGCAGCAUUGAUGGAUUUGGGAUGAGGCCUAGCAAGGAAUAUGAUGAGAGAGUGCUGGUAGAGAUCUACAAGUCUAUGAUAAUUGCUCAAGGAAAAUUGGGUAAUCGAGUUGGUGCUGCUACUGCUAAAAUUGGUCCUGAGAAUACUACUAGUACAACAACAACGUCAGUGUGAUCCACAAAUGGGGUCUGAGUUUCUGAGGAGGUGAUGUCCGAGGACAUGGUUAAGGAUGGUUAUGAAGAAUUUACUGGUUGUGGUGGUGGUGGUUGUGUUGGGUCGGUUGUAGUGGUGGUGGGUAUAUUUGGGUGGAAAGAAUUUAAUUUGCGGGUCGGGGCGGGUCGGGCAUGGUUUUUUGUAAGUUAAAUCGGAUAAUUAAUGGUGGAAUUGAGGAUUCUGUCAACUGAGGGGUAUAUUUGUGUACUUUCUUAACGGAAGGGGUAUAUUUAUCUACUUUGACUAACAGAGGAUAUAUUUAACUAUUAAACUAAAGUAGAGGGGUAUAUUUGACCUUUUUCCUAACAUAAAAUCGUUUACUAAGCUUCAAACCAUUUGGAACACCUAGACUACAAUACGAUUCAUCACACAGGUGAGUUAAGUUCUAUGCUUAUAUAAUCAAAUUAUAAAUAACACUAUUUCAUGAGCGCUCA